AAUACAAGUAUUUGGUAGAUAAACCAGGGGGGAAGAAAGCAAGAAAACAAUGAGAAUUUAUUGAAGAAACUUCAAGGUAUUGACUUGGAAGAUGUUGGGUUGAUGAUCAUAAAACCAAUUUUCCAUUCAUCAAAACAUCUUCUAAAUUUGUAAAAGGAAACAGAAGAGACACAAAAACCAAACAAAACAAAGAUAUGAUGAAUCAAAGCACUUCUCGUUUGUCACCACUUGCAAAACCCUUCACUCUCAAUCGCUCUUCUUCACCAAAACCCUCUUCCAGUUCUGAGAAUCAUGAUGACCCUUUUAGUUCUUUGCUUGAUUCUUUUCGACAAAGUAGUUUCAGUUCAAAGGGUCGUUCUGUAUCGUUGAAUGACACUGUCAAAAUUUCAACUUUGCCAGCUGAAGGUGAUGAAAGUUCGCGUUUUGAAGAACACCCUUUUCUGGAGUUGCAUAAAAAUGGAGACUUUGAAGUUGAUGUGCUUAAUUGGUCACACUUUAAAGUUGCCAAUUCAGCUAGUGAUGCGAGCAUGUUUCAGAAAGAUAAGCCGUCCAUUGAUGGGUUGAGUUCCUUUCUAAAAGUGUCUGAUGGCAUUUUGGAAAACAACACUGGUACAAUUGUGGGAAAAGACAUUCUAUCGAAUUCCGAAGGCACAAAACAUGCUGUUGAUGAGUCUAGCUCCUUUCUUAAGGCACACAACAAGGUUGUCCCACUCAAGAUAUCAACUGAUAUGUCCUCUGCUAAAAGCAAUCCUCAAAAUCUGUUCUCUAAUAAUUUGGGUGAUAGUGACACUGAUGCGGAUUCUCCUUGUUGGAAGGGAACAACGGAUCUAAGUUUAAUUCCAUCAGAAAUUUCACAAUCUGUACAAUUUCAUCAUGUUGAGAAACCAACAGAAAAACAUAACACUUUAAAUCCUAAAGCUCCACAGUUCUUUCCUGGUAUUGGAUAUGUUAAGGACGAUUUUGUGUCUUCGAACUCUAGUGUGCCUGUAACUACUAAUUUGUUGUCAGGAGAGGACAUACUCAUGAAAACUGUCAUGGAAGAAUCCCUAGUAGAUUUUAAUAUGGGAGAAUUUCAGUACUCAACCAACAUCAGCGGAACAGAAAUGGCAUUUAAUAUGAUUAAUGAUCCAAGAAGCAUCUCUGUGGAUCCUCUGCUAAAUUCACAUUCUAUGAUGACUCAGUCUUCAUCAAUAGAAGCAACUUCAAAAGGAAAACUUGUAACUAUAGGUGACGUUGGUGGCUUUGUAAAGGGAACUGAAAAUCCCAGCGCUAGUAGGUCAGCAAAUGAGGUUUUCCCUGCAAAGGGGCGUUCUCCAACAUCACCGACAUCAUCAUCCCAAGCUAAUGUUUUUACAGAUCUUCUAAAAAGAUUUGAAGGUUUCUCCAAGUCUUUAAUCGAAUCUCCAAAACCUAACAUUAAGGUAAUGGUUGGCGCAAUGCAUGUUCUUUCGGAAUUGCUUGCAAAAACCUGUGUGGACGGAGUUGGUUCAUAUUGUGAACAUGAUCUUAGUACGACUACAAUCCUGCAAAUAAUCAAUAAUCUGAAUGAUUUUAAUGCAAAAGUAGGCGGUGAAAGGAUUUCAACUUCAACCCUUGACUCAACUCCUGCAAAUAGUCCUUUUUGUCUUGAUAGAUCAGUAAAGGUUACCAAGGGACUCGAAAUGGAAAAUUUAGAGACACUUACUGUUCCAAAUCCAAACCAGCUCUAUCUGCAAAAUGGUAAUACUGGAAAAACUAUAGUUUCUAAUGUGAUUGGUCAGAGUGGACUGAGUUCUUUUGCAUCUAGCAGUGGAGGAGGCACCAAGAAUGGCCAUGAUGUCAGUCAGCUUCAGGUCAUUCGGAGAAGUCUAGGGAAAAAUCUGGAUUUUGACAAACAAAUGCACCCAGAGGACUUGUUGUUUUGGAAUUUAUGGCUUGAUUCUGAAGCAGAGCGUUGUUAUAGGAAAUUUAAAACUUAUCAUUGGCUUAUGGAAGCUGGUGUGGAUGUAAAUUGCAAAAAUGUUGCGGAAUUGUGGAGGUGACACUUGACAGUGCUUAGUAGUUUGUAGAUUUACUAAGGGAUAUAAUAGAAGCUGUACACAUCGGAGCUAUCAUACAUAUUAUCAACUAAUUAUUGGAUAAAUUUCUACUUGUACAAAAGUAAGUGAUUCAUGUGAAUCCUAUGGAUCUGGACUGUUAUCAAGAGGAAGACAGCAUUCUACUAGGGUCCCACUUAACUAAUUUUCUUCUGGUUUGUUGUCUUAAAUAUGACAGAAAUAUGCACAAGCUAGUAAGUCUAACUAUUUUGAAUGAGAAAAACUUCUGUGUAUAUGUUGAUCUUCUAUUCAUAUCUGGAUAAUUAGGUUUAUUAACUUCUCUUGUUUGACAUUAUGUUUUUUAUCCACAUUACUGUGUUGGAAAUUACCUAUUUCAAACACAAUAAUGCGAGAAAAAUAGCUAAAUAGGAAAAUCCAUUCUCAUGUUAAAUUUCACUUGAUUUAAUCAUGUGAAAAUUGUGUUUCUUUUUCA